UCAGGAGACGCAGAGCAGCGCACGCGGCCGAGCGGAACGCGCGUUCCCACAGCAACCACUAACUCGGAGACGCUCGCGGCGGCGGAUUGUGCGUGUGUGCGUGCGUGCGUGCGUGUGUGUGUUUGUGUGGGGUUUUUUUUUUCGGACUCUACUUCUACUACUUCCGUGAGUUUUCCUCCGGGAAUCGGACAUGUCUUUCCCUCAGCUGGGCUUCCCGCAGGUGUACGGGGUGGAGAGAGCGUCUCCGCCGCGGGAUGGCGGCUCGGAGAGCGGCGGCGGAGUCACCGGGAGUCCCGCGAGCUCUGCGGCUGCGCUCGCGCCGCUGCUCGGCGUGUACGCGCAUCCGUGGAGCGCGCACCGGUACGGAGCCUUCAUGCCGUACAGCAGUGCCGAAGCAGCGCUCCUCAACCACAUGGGCUCCCAGUACGAGUUGAAGGAGAACCCCGGUGCUCACCCAGCCGGAUUCGCGGUGCACACCGCCCCCGGGUUCUACCCGUACUCCCAGUACCAGUACGGAGACCCCGCACGGGCCAAGAGCGCCACACGCGAGACCACCAGCACGCUGAAAGCCUGGCUUCAGGAGCACAAGAAGAACCCGUAUCCCACUAAAGGCGAAAAGAUCAUGCUGGCCAUCGUGACCAAAAUGACCCUGACGCAGGUGAGCACGUGGUUUGCCAACGCGCGCCGCCGCCUCAAGAAGGAGAACAAGGUGACGUGGGGACGCAGCGCCGAGGACGUAGACGGCUGCGGCUACGACAGCGACCGCGACGACGACGACGAGAGCGCGCACAAGCACGAGCGCGAGGAGGAGAUCGACCUGGAGACCGUGGACACCGACGAGGCCGAAGAGGAAGUGCGCAAAGAGCCGAGCGACGCCAAGGCGCACGAGCAAAGUGAAACGGAGAGCGAAAGCGCAGACACGCGCGCGCUAAACAGCCCCGCCGGCUCCGUGGCCGCGAGUAAAGACGCGAGCGCGGGGAAAAGCGGCUCAGAGGACGUUUCUCCGGGAUGCCAGAGGCCUGUGAACUCCAAACCCAAAAUCUGGUCGCUCGCGGAAACAGCAACGAGUCCAGAUAACUGCCAGAAAGCGAGCAGUGUGUCGUCGGCAGUCACCGCGCACCCGGCUUUUUUAUCCACUAACGGGAUUUACACGUGUCAGAUAGGGAAGCUGAACAGCUGGACUGGAGGCGCUUUUCUCGGUGCAGGACCUCUAAUCGGUGUGCGCUCUUUAAUGGGAGUGAGUCCGAGCAGCCAUUACAUAACCUCAAGCGCUCAGAGUGAGAGUCCUACACACAGCCUCAGCCUCAGUCCACAACACAACACCGAUCGAGAACAUGUUCAGAGAACCGAAUCUCCAGCACUUCCUCUGAGGCCAUCAUUUCCGGUCAUCCACGACAGGUCUCACCACGAAACAGCACAGCGAGCUCUGAAGACUGUUUCCUGAAGACAGACCUAAAGAAUUGACUUAAAUUAUUACAUGAAAGCAACCUGUAUCAGAGAAAAGAACGUAUCCUACAUCAUCAAAUACACCAAAAAAGUAUUUUAUAGCCUUAUGUUUUAAUACGCUGUAUAACUUUGUAUUUUUUUUGUUUGUUUGUUUGUUUGUUUGUUUAAUUUUACAUUGAGCCUAAAUGCAGCAUGUAUGUGUUUACCAUGUAGCUCAUUGCCAUCACUUUUUACAGACUUAAAGAAUUAUUUGUUAAAAGGCCAAUGUGUGUAAAUGAUAUAUUUUUGUGUAAUAAACUAAAU